CAGUCGUGGCAUCUGCAUCGUCGAGCUGCCACGGGUCUCCGACAGGGAUUCGAGAGCCCCUGUUGGACGAUAAAAAAGCGACAAGUCGAACGACUGCUCGAUCGUGGAUCGUCGAAAGCGUCGGUGAACGAGUUUCGAGUGUCGCGUUCUUGCGGUUCGGUACCAAGGAUCUAAUUUCGAGUCGACGACGCGGUCGGUAUCGUUAAUGUGCCGUGGUUUCAGUAAAAACGGUAAAAGGUCAAGGGUUCCACCAUCAUCGCCAACGGGCGCCGAGUAGCUGGGACAUUCUGCGUCUGACAUCUUCUUAACGAUGCCUACGCGCACCUCGCCCGCCGUAAUAAACCAUUGCUGGCUGCUGGAAGCACGGCUUCCAAUUUAUUCGAGUGGCCAACUCUUUCGCCCCGAAGAUGCUCGACUCGGUCGCGAAUGAACGACGACGGAGGGGAACCUGUGAUCGAGAAGUUUUCCGGGUCGAAGGAGAACGGAACCCAAUUCCAGCCAGCCGUGCGAACGAUUCUACGCAUAUUUCCGUGUCGAUCAGCCCGCGGAAUGAGAUUUCCCGUCGCGGGAAGUUCAACCCUCCCUUGAUCCCACCCCUGGCCACGAAUUCGCGGAAUCCUUCCGGUGACUCAGCCUUUGGGGGAUGCCCCUAACUCGAGCUCGCUGGGUUCUCUUCAUUUUCCGACCGGAAACGGCAAAUGUCCCAAUUAUCGAAGCAUUCUUUGACAAUCGAGUGUUAUCGCAUGAUUGCAUUGCGAUAUAAGAACGUGGAUACUUGUACAAGGUAUCUGUCCCUUUCUUCGCAAAGUCCUUCGUGUUGAAACUCUUUGCUGGAACAUUUUGGUCUUCGUCAAGCUCUUCAUCCCAUCUUUUCGCGAUUCCAGACUCAAAUCUCAGGAGCAAAGUUCCCUGAAUUACUUGCAACCCUGCAACCUCUGCUCGGUAAAAGUUCACGCAAGAAUAUCGAGUCGACGUAUGAUGACGUGCCGCGAGUCACUUUCCAGAACUUCGUCCAAGUUGCACCGCGGUAGCGAAAUUUCGUCGUUCGGGGAUACCUGUGAACGUCGUUCUCCAUGCUGUUCUCUUGGAAACAGGUGACGUCUAUGAUCAAACUUGGGAGCAAUUUGACGACGGAUAUUGCGGCAAUCGUGGCCGAUCGAGAACUGAACGCUGAUCUCCAGGAAAGACGCAUUUCCUCAUUUAGGGAGCGAAAUAAAUUAACUAUCGCGUUAAAAGUCCCCUCGGCCCUUUCGGAUUCUGAUGUAAAAUUUCCAUUGUUUGGGUCGACCUAAAAACUGAUACACAGCGACCAAUGUAUUGGUACCGAUAUAUAAUAGUGGGUGGUUAUAUUUUAUAAAAUUGGUUUCAACUUUCGCGAAACAAAAGAAAGAGGACGUCCUUUGAUCGAUCCACGAAGGACACGUAGUUUAACUCGAAGGAUAAUAAAUGGUCAACGCGCGUGGUCGUCUCUCAUGGCCGUGACGGUUGUCGGAGCCCUUCGAGGAACGUCAGAAAUGAGCUCGAAAUGGCAGAGCCAGACGAUGACUUCCCACGUGUCUAUUUCAAGCAUCCCCUUGACGGAAAUUGUCCUGGAUCGCGCAUAGAUUCGUCCAUCUCUGUCGUUCGUCCUUUCUACGGGGUUCCGCGAGGAAGAUCCCCGCGGAAGGACGCGCGUUUGCGCACGAGUCGAAGACUUCUCGCUGCCUGGAUCCUCGGUAUAUCCUCGGUGGUAAGCGUAACUCGGGAUUGUUCGGUCGUGGCUCAUCCAACGUGGACCGAUCGGAAGUCCAUCCUCGUCGCCGUGACUAGCAACAGAAGGUUUCGGAUCAGUAGUCGAGACUGAAACGGAUCACCAUGGACAUCCAAGAGUUCCGUGUGCGCGGCAAGGAGAUGGUGGAGUACAUUUGCGAGUUCAUGAGCAAUAUCCACAACCGAAGGGUAACUCCAGAUGUCGGUCCCGGAUAUUUGAGGCCCCUGCUACCUCCGGAACCACCGCAGCAGCCCGAAGCCUGGGAGGACAUCAUGAAGGACGUCGAGUCGAAGAUCAUGCCCGGAAUCACCCACUGGCAACAUCCAAGGUUCCACGCGUACUUUCCCGCUGGAAAUUCUUUCCCAUCUAUUCUUGGCGAUAUGCUAUCGGACGCCAUAGGUUGCAUUGGAUUUUCAUGGGCGGCCAGUCCAGCCUGCACGGAGCUCGAGACGAUAGUCUGCGAGUGGUUCGGCAAAGCUAUCGGUCUGCCGACAGACUUCCUCUACUUUAAUCCUGGGAGCAAGGGAGGCGGGGUGAUACAGGGCUCAGCCUCGGAGUGCAUCUUGGUUUGCAUGCUGGCAGCGAGGGCGCAAGCUAUCGCCAGGCUCAAGGAGUCGCCUGCUCAUGCACACUUGGACGAAACUGCUCUUCUCGGGAAGCUGAUGGCUUAUUGCAGCCGAGAGAGUCACAGCUGCGUCGAGAAAGACGCCAUGAUCUGUUUCGUGAAACUGAGGAUCUUGGAGCCCGACGAGAAGAGCGUAAUGCGUGGCGAAACUCUGCGUCAGGCGAUCGAGGCCGAUACCGCCGAGGGAUACAUCCCAUUCUUCGUGUCCACCACGCUCGGGACGACCGCUUGCUGUUCCUUCGACAACCUCAAGGAGAUAGGACCAGUCUGCAAAAAAUAUCCAGGCGUAUGGUUGCACGUGGACGCUGCGUACGCGGGCAACGCUUUCAUCUGCCCGGAACUGAAGUACCUGAUGGCUGGAAUCGAGUACGCGGACUCUUUCAAUACGAAUACCAAUAAAUUCCUCCUGACGAACUUCGACUGUUCCUGCCUUUGGGUUCGGGACAGGUUCAAGCUGACCAGCGCGCUCGUCGUCGAUCCGCUUUACCUUCAACACACCCACGCGGACACGGCCAUUGAUUACAGACAUUGGAGCAUACCACUGAGUCGACGAUUUCGCUCCCUGAAACUGUGGUUCGUCAUGAGGAAUUACGGGAUAUCCGGUUUGCAGGCGUACAUUCGCAACCACAUCGAGUUGGCGAAGAGAUUCGAGGCGCUCGUCAAGAAAGACUCGAGAUUCGAAGUUUGCAACGAAGUCGUGCUGGGAUUGGUGUGUUUUCGCGCCAAAGGCUCCGAUAAGCUUAAUCAAAAGCUUCUGAGCACCAUCAACGAUUCAGGGAAGCUACACAUGGUGCCAGCGAGAGUGAAUCAACGCUUCACGAUUCGUUUCGCGCUUGCCGCGCCGAAUGCCACUGGCGAUGACGUCGACAUAGCGUGGAGCAUCAUAACGGACUAUCUGGCCGAGUUGCUGGAGUCCAAGGACGUGAUGGACGAGCUGGCAGACAUCCGUGAGAAGAAGAGGAAAGCCACGCUGGAGCAAAGGAGGUCCUUCUUCGUUCGCAUGGUGUCCGAUCCCGCGAUUCAGCCAGGAUUUACGAAGACUCCGAACAGAACGGGAGCGAAAUUGGACGCUCAGGCGACGAUCGGUGGCAUCGGCUCGAAUCCCCAUCCCGCGUCUCGUUCGUGGAUAUCCUGGCCACUGGCCUACUUGAUGCAAGCGAAGGACGCUGAUACCAGCGAACUGUCACUCAGAUUUCGUCAUUUGGACACCAUGGUUCGCCUGAAGGCGGGCGGGACCGGAAGUCGUCGCGGCAGCAGCAAUGGCUGCAGCCCCGAGCCAUCACCGUCUGGUUCUCCGUCCCGUGGAAGAUCACCCAACGGCAGGGCGUAAAGUGCCCUCCACCCUCGAAUCGUCCAGCCAUUUUCUAAGGUUUCUCCAGGUGCAUGGACUAGGAAUGGAACGUUCAGCGAGGAAAGAGAUCCUUGGACCAGAUACUGCCCGACGGAAACGAACGACACGUUCGCAGAGAUCAACCGGAAAGGACGUCCCCGAAUUGCUCAGCAACGAACAACGGAGCGAUGUUUGAAAUCGAUCGAUGGCACGUUUAGAUAUGCGCGUGUGCCCCUCCGCCCCUCCCCCUCGUCAUCAGUUCUCGUUGCGUUUUUUCGUUAGGGAUCUUUUGAACUUUGUAGUAGCCGUUGAAUAAGUUUCACGUUCCCCGUACCCCUGGCGACCGUAGUAGCUCAAACGCUCCACCGAAGGAGGCGCUCGAUAAAUACAAGUACACCUUCUUUACUUGCUUAUCGAUCUGUUUAUAUAAAUGUGCUCUGUUUUGGAUCGCCACGGAAUCAUGUUCCACGCGGACACACCAGUACACGUGUAACAUACACACCUAUAUAGAUAUAUAAAUAUAUAUAUAUAUAUACAAGGUCGAUAGUAAACGAUUUCAGAAAUAAAGAAUCGAGUACUUGUUAUUACGCUGCUCCCUCCCCAACAAAAACCAUGGAGUGUAUCGCAUAAGUUAUCUAUGUUAGGCAAAGCACGCUCUAUGGUAAAUAUAAACUAACUGAAAAUGGAUAAAACGAAAUUACAAAAGGAAGACUUGGUGAUUUGACAUUUUGAUAUUGUUAAAAAAAAAAAAGGUCAUAAAGAGGUUGGUUGAAUGCUCCAAAAGUCUGGGGUCACUAGGGUGACCGAUGCAGCUGAAUUCUGUUCGUUCUCUGUCGCGUUCUUUAUUCUUUCGCGUUCGACGUUCCAAGCGUCCGCGAUAUUCAUUCCGUUCUAUUUUAAUUCACAUUUUCGAUUAGUUUACGCAAACGAUGACGUGGAAUGCGAGCGACUGUCCCAUUAACGUACGUGUUCCCAGAAUUCCGCCGAAUGGUGCUACGUCAAGAGUAAAACACGCGAACGUAAUCGACUUACGUUGGACGAGCUCUGGGGAAUGUUGGCUCGUGAAACAAUUCCUUGAGUCGCAACCCCGUGGCAAAACAUAUUUCGAUCGUGUGAAUCGGCUCGAUUGCGACGGAAGUUAUUCGCGAGAAAGAGUAAAUUAUUCCCGUCGGCGGAGCGACAGACAGAAAUCGAUGAAAGAUGACAUUCUAAUCGAUCGUAUCGGGUUCACUUUAAACAAUAUAAAAGAAAGCUCGCGACGAAAGAAAAUUUCUCGACAAAAAUCGCUCGAGUGAAUCUGCGUGCCUUCUAUACUAAUUACAAAGUCCACUCUUCUGCAUCCCUUCGUAUUUAUUCCUAUCAUCGUUUUAUCAGCACGCCUCGUUAGCCUCCUCUGAUACCAGAGCAAACACCGUUAAAAAUGUUUCGAGGGCCAGCUACUCGACGACUCCUUCGUUCAUUGAAUUCCCUUAUACCCCAAAAAGCUCCGAAAUGAUACGCAAGUCAGACUUUUG